AAUUCGUAAUAACUAGUUUUGUUUCUAUACUUAGAAAUAUAGUAAAUUAGUUCUAGACUAGUGACUAGUCUUAGUCUUAGUGACACUAGACUCUAGACUGACUAGAGUGUAGUCUUUACUUAGUGACUAGAGUAGUCUUAGACAUUAGUUAGUACUCGCAAGUACUGGGAACUUUGAAUGAUGAAUGUGAUACUCAGAUACUGAGAUAGGACCUAGGCCCUAGGCUUAGCUAGAAUCUAAUACAGAGGUGAGACGUUACUUCAACGGCCCAAUGCCGAUCCUGAUAUAAUAUAGAUCUAGAUAGAUCUAGACUAUUCUUGAGACUUUAGAACUCUAUAGAGUAGUCUAGAGUCUAUAUAGAUAUAUAGUCAAUAUAGAUUAUAGAUAUAAUCUAGAUUAUUUCUAGAUCUAGGCUUUCUAGAUCUAGAAUCUAAACUAGACUUGUCACUAGUGACGUCACACUAAAGUACAGCGUACCGACAAUAACAGUGUCCGCCUAGCUACUAACAGUAACACGCUCUUAUUCUUAUAUGACAGUGGUGACUAGAAUCUCAACUGUUUGUAUAAACAUAGAUUAUGUAGUAGGUGAAACGCGAGACACAUGAAUACCGAUAAGAGAUAGAUCUACGAGUAAUUCUAAAAUCAGUAAAAAUGUCUGGAACUGUUAAACCUUUGCCUUUAGGCCUAAAGCUAACAUGGAGUGCUGCCAUUUAUGACCCUCGACCCACGGACCUUAUUUUGUUGGUACAAGACAUUGCAUUCGGUGUUCACAAGGAUGUCCUGCAGACCAACUGUGACUAUUUCAGAGCAAUGUUUACCUUACAGAUGGUGGAACUUACAAAAGAUAUCAUAACUCUGAAUCUGUUCCAGCCCAAACCCUUUCAAAUUCUUUUAGAAAGUUUCUACUCAGGCUAUCUGCAGCCAACAGAGGACAACAUCUUUUCAUUGUGUGAGACAGCACAGAUGUUGCAGGUCUCUUCAUCACUUCUCUCCAAGUGCUCCAACUUUCUCUUAAGUUGGAUAAACUGUGACUCUGUUUUUGACAUAAUGUUCUGGAGUAACAGCACUACACUCUAUUUACCCGAGGUGCACAGUGCAGCUAAGAGGUAUGCACUGGCUCACUUUUCAGACCUGCUCAAGUCAGAUGUGCUUCACAAGCUAUCUCUGGAGGAACUUUGCAUUUAUUUGUCUGAUAAAUAUUUGGUGGUUGAGAAAGAGGUUGAGGUUGUAGGUGCUUUACGAACAUGGUUUCAACAUAAUGAUCAGGUGCCUACACACACAGUCAGUGACAUUGUUUUGAAAUGUGUUCACACACAUGAAACUCCUAGCUCCAUUCAACAUGUUGUCAAAGCACUGAUUGAUUCUGAUGAGUCACAUUUAAAUGAUAUUAGUGUUUUCUUUAAAGAACGUCAAAAGCUUCAUGAUAUUUUUAUGUUCUGGUCGCUGUCAGACUCUGGUGUAUCAACUGGAUAUGGGGAUGUUUUUCGUGUUUCUCCCAGCACAUGGCAAGCUUCCAAGUAUGACAAUAUGGAUGCAGUAGAAGCUUUACCUGUGUCUGAUAUGGGAACUGCAGUCUGCUGUGUAGCUUCUGUCGUCUAUUUAUCAGGCGGGGGGAACAAGUUUGGGGCUGUCAAUUGGAUAAGAGAUAUUUGGAUGUUUGACUUCUCUCUCCCAGUUGAGCGUUGGACAGCUGUGGGCAAGUUGACAGAAUCAAGACGUCACCAUGCCAUGGUCAGUGUGGAAAACUGUCUCUUUAUAUUUGGUGGGUUUGGAAAGUUUCGAGUCAGAAACAUAAAGCUUGAGUGUUUUCACCUCUCAACAGGUUUGUGGGAAGUCUUACCAGUAAUGCCAGAGCAUGUGGUAUCACCAGCAGCAGUGACCAGUGGCAAAACUAUUUAUUACCUUGGUAAAGGGCAGACAAUUUACAGUUUCAAUACCAUAGUCAAGUCCUGGACAUGCUACCAAUGCCAAAGCCUCCCUUCACCUGGUGUGAUGUCUGUGGCUAUGCAUGUUGACCCAAGGAAAUCAAAUAGUUUUCUAGGUUUGUUCAGUGGAGAUGGCAAAUGUUGUUUACAGUCCUUCCAUUUGGAUGAUCCAAUUGUCCAGGCUAGAGAAGAGUGCAGCCUGAGUCUGGACAGCAAUUUGACCUUUGCUGGGUCAGUCAUUUCUGGUGCAAACAUGCUCCUGUUUUUCUAUACUUCCAAGGAGGAUACCACUCGUUCCUCAGGCACAAGUGAAUCUUUGAUAGUGAGGAGCUUUUGUUUACAGACAGGGCUGUUAACUGAUAGUCAAGUAAUAACAGGUGUUUGUAAUGCAUUGUCUAUUGUGUGUUUGCCCCACAUUCCAGUGACCCAAUGUCUCCUGUUGUCACCUAAUUCAGACAAAUAGAAUAAUCUCAUAGGUUGUUAAUAACAAAUUCUUUAAUGUGCAUUUUAUUUGUGUCCAAGACUAGGACUGCUUUAUUGAUCCUUAUGGACAUUUGUUGUGAUUACAAGGACCUUUUUCUCUUUUCUAUUUGAAAUCAUCAAUGUAUGUUGCCUAUUGUUUUUUUUUAAAUGCACUGUACUAAAUAAGUCAGUAAUCAUUCUGAAUUUUUUUUUUUAAAGAUAACAUACUGUAAACCUGAUAAUUUUGUAAAGCCUUAAUGUGUUUCAUUAUUGUGUUUUAAUAUAGUGAUGCAUGCAUGAAUGAAUUUAUGAAUGCCCUUGUUUUCUUGAAAUAAAAACAAGAUAACCAACUAAA